CCAGCAACGUGCUGGUACCGUAGUGCAAUGCGGAUACAUAGACCAACUUUAAUUGGAAUUCUGGAGAGGUGAUUGGCUAACGGCUCUCUCUAACCACGCCCACGCUGCCAGGCUGCUCUGUAUACACAAUACAGACACAAUGAACUUUUCCUUCGAAACACGCAGCUCUAGAAUCUUUACACCAUGCCACCAAAAAAGAAAGGGAAAGGAAACAACAAAAAGGAUAAGUCCAAAAAGAGCACAACAGAAAAAGAUGAUGGACUUACAGAGAAGUAUCGGAGAAGUGCCUUAGACGUGGCUGUUUUAAAGGAACAUCUUGCUCUGAGGACAAGUAUAACGCGUCAGGCCACAGCAGUGCGAGAUGACUUGAGAAGUCAAAUCAGAGAUCUGGAGCAGGUGCUCAGUCAGGAACGAUCAGACAUGAAGGACAUCACUACAGAUCUCAACCGCCAGUAUAAGUCCAUGGAAACAGACCUGCAGACUAAAGUAAACAGGCUUGAAGUGAGUGUAGACUUGCUUGAGACGCAGCUCGCCGAAUGUCAGGUUAAACUAAAAUGGGAAAGAGAGCAGCGAGAGAAGACAGAAGCAGAAAAAGACACCAUCAUCUCUGACCUCCAAAGCAAACUGGACAGUAUGGAGAGAGAGUGUGAGAAGAUCCUGCACGGCUGUCUGGACAGUUUGCUCUCUCACCUGGCUGAGACAAGGCUGCAGUGGGAAGAACAGAGCACAGUCAUUCAUCAGGAUGUCAAGGACACGCUCAGAGACUUUGGGUUAAACCCGCUUCACAUGUGAGGAGACCUUCAGUUGAGCACUGUGAACAGAACAGGAGCAGGACCAGGACUUCUGACCUUUGACAUCUAAGCAAUUGCAUAAUACUGCAUAAACCAGGAGUUUUCAAACUCCUAUAUAUAGUACGGGUCAGUACUUUCUUUUAAAGAAAUUAUUAGGUUUAGUUCACAAGGAUGCAUUAAAUGGAUCAAAAGUGAUAGUAAAGAGAUUUAUGUUUCAAAAGAGUUCUGUUUUAAAUCAACGCUGUUCUUUUAAACUUUCUAUUCAUCAGUG